AUGGUCGAUUUAGGGUUGAUAAGCAAGCAUUACGAGCUACGAGAGAAGGUUUCCAGUGUACUUCAGGAAGAUGACGAGAGGAAAAAUUUAAUAAAGUUGUCAAUAUUACGACUAGCGAUAUUGAAGCAAGGCGAUGAAACGCGAAUCAAGAAACUGACAAGAGGAAGCUCUAAGAAAGCAGCUGCCGCCAAAUCACCAACCAAGGAUUAUGAAAUAGAGCUUAAUAAACUAAAGCAGGAAUUCUCCACCAAACUGAAACUACAAGACGCAAAACUUCAAUCGCUAAAGCAAGAGAAUGAACGAUUAAAAGACCAAGUGAAGAAGUUACAUUCAGACAGUUCCUCGUCUAGUACGAGCAUUUUCCAAACAAGAAAGCGAGUACUACCAAGUCAUCGGUCUAUAUUCAGUCCAGAAAAGUCCAUUUUGGUGUCAAGUAAAGCAGCAACAUUCAGACACUCGUUUCCCACCAUAUUUGAUGAUGAGCUAAUCACACCAAUCAAGAAGAUACCCGAAACAAAGCUUGCCAGUGAUGUGAUGAAAUCAGGCUCUACUUUUUCACCCUCAAAGGAUUCAAAAUUGCAAGAAACGCGUGUGUUUGUAGAUGGCUUAGUAAACCACAGUGCCACAUCUUCCCCUACAGGGAGUUCGAAAUUUCGGUCGCCCACAAAAUUCGUGAAAAACUUUGAUAAUGAAAACAGCAACGACGAACAGCUGACUCAUAAGCGAAGCCCGUCUCCUGAAUUCACUCCUAAUCGGAGAAGAAGGGUUCUUCGUAGUACAGACUCGUCAGCUGUGAGUGAUGAAAAAUUGGAAAGUACUCCCUCGGCAACUAAUGGAAAUGAAACUGUUGAGCAUUCGGGGUCGCCCAUCAGAGCUAAAAGAAAAAUCAAGAAGGUGAAGAAAAAAAAGACUUUGGAAUUACCGAGUCUGGGACUAAUCAAAAGUGAAAAAUUGAAGAUGGCGUUUCCUGAAGUUGACGAUGAUAAUUUGAAUACACUUGCAAAGUAUGAAGAUGCCCAUUUUGAGGAAAAUGAUGCUGCUCCUGAUACCUCUAGUAAUCCACUAAAAAGGAAGAUGGACGUCACCGAACAAGUUUUGGAUCCCGAGCCUCCAAAGAAAAAACGUAACGUAUUCACAAUUGAUUGA